AACUACCUCUGGAGCACCGAGGACCUCCUGGGCCAGGGUGCCACGGCCUGCGUCUACAAAGCUCGUAACAAGAAAUCAGGGGAGCUGGUUGCUGUGAAGGUCUUUAAUAACGCCAGCUACCUCCGGCCCCAGGAGGUCCAGAUGAGAGAGUUCGAGAUGCUGAGGAAGUUGAACCACAAAAACAUUGUCAAAUUAUUCGCUGUGGAGGAGAUGGGCAGCAGCAAGCAGAAGGUGCUGGUGAUGGAGUACUGCUCGAGUGGCAGCUUGCUGAACGUGCUGGAAGAUCCGGCGAACGCCUUCGGCUUGGCCGAGUCCGAGUUCCUCAUCGUGCUGCAGUGCGUGGUGUCGGGGAUGAACCACCUCCGCGAGAACGGCAUCGUCCACAGAGACAUCAAACCCGGCAACAUCAUGCGGCUGAUGGGGGAAGAUGGGCAGAGCAUCUAUAAGCUGACGGAUUUUGGGGCUGCCCGAGAGCUGGAUGAUGAUGAAAAGUUUGUCUCUGUCUAUGGGACGGAGGAAUAUCUCCACCCGGACAUGUACGAGCGAGCGGUCCUGCGCAAGCCGCAGCAGAAGGCGUACGGCGUCACCGUCGACCUCUGGAGCAUCGGUGUCACCUUCUACCACGCUGCCACCGGCGCCCUCCCCUUCGUCCCCUUCGGGGGACCCCGCAGGAACAAGGAGGUCAUGCACAAAAUCACCACGGAGAAGCCUCCCGGAGCCAUCGCGGGGAUCCAGAGGCAGGAGAACGGGAGCAUCGAGUGGAGCUACGAGCUGCCCGUCACAUGCCGGCUCUCCGCGGGCCUGAAGGACCAGCUGAUCCCCAUCUUGGCUAACAUCCUGGAGGUGGACCAGGAGAAAUGCUGGGGCUUCGACCAGUUUUUCGCAGAAACCAACGACAUUCUGCACAGGAUCGUGGUCGACGUCUUCUCCCUGCAGCAGGCUUCCUCCCAUCGCGUCUACAUCCACUCCUACAACACUACCACCAAGUUUUUAGAUGCUGUCUUCAAACAAACAAACAUAGUCCCUCACCAUCAAGAAUAUUUUUUUGAAGGUCAUCUCUAUGAGUUGGAUCCUAAUCUACAAGCUCAUAAUUUCUGCAAAACCACAGAGCGCAGCCCUCUGACCUUGCUGAGCACUGCUGAGCAACCAGAAGAUGUGGUAGGAGUCAGAUACAGAGACCCGGCACUCGAGUUCCCAAAGUUUGUCCCCAAGGUGGACGUGGUGGCUGACUGCAGUGCAGCCAAGCCGCCUCCGGAGAGUGCAGGACCCCCACGUACCCUCACACGUGGGAACCUGAAAGCGGAGUGCUCAAGGAUUCUGGAGCAGAGGAGAGGGGCUCUUUCGGUGCUCACCUGCCUGCAGCUCACCGAGGUGAAGACCCACGUGUUGUACGAGGCUGUUUCUGGAGGCAGCGGGAUGCCAGCUCUGAAGGAUGUGGCCAUGGUGAAGACAAGGCUGCAAAGGGUCGCCGAGGAGCUCUCCCAGUGCUCCCACAACAUCUUUGACUUUCAAGGGGCGCUGGAUGGCAUUUUAUCCGAACUGGGGAAGCAAAGGCAACAAGUGCACGAAGACAAAAGCAUCCGGCAGAUCGAGUCCUGCCUGGAGAAGAUGCAGCUGAUCCACAGGCAGUUCAGGAAGGCCCGGACAUCUCUGCGGCUGGGCUACAACGAGGAGCAAAUACACAAGCUGGAUAAGGUGAAUUUAGGGCAUUUGGCCAGGAAGGUUCUGUUGAUUUUCCAGGACAGCUGUGUCCAGCAGUACCAGGAGGCCCUGGCCCUGCACGGCAGCAGGAUGAGGAAAGUUUGUGAGAUAAAGAAGCAUUUGAAGAGACUCAGCAACCGCAUCAGCACCUGCAGCGUGGAGACGAUGGAGUGCCAGGAUUGCCUGCAGAGCGCUCUGGACAGGUUUCUCCAGAUGGAGAAACAGAGUUUGGCCCCAGUUCUUCCCGUGCCUUCAGCCGUCCAGCUGAGCCAAGCACGCCAGGAGAUGGCUUUUCGGAUGCAGGAGCUCCUGGAGCAGAUGAGGUCAGUAACUUGUAAUCUCGAGCUCAACAACAGCAUCAUUGAGCGGUUGAGUGGGGCUGCCCCCACUCCCGGUAUUUGA